GGUACUGCGUUCACUCCAACCUCACAGGCGCAUCCACUCCAUGGCCGAGCCGAGGACCCCCCUGCCUCCUCCCUCCACUCUUCCAAAGCCCAAUCUCACAUCGCGUUUCCUUGGUCUUCUUCUGCUAAUAUUUGUUCCCGUUGUGUUGGCUGCCAUCCUCUUCCAGCCCCCGGACUUCGACCCGGCGCCGCUCCCCGGCGACCACUAUUUCGGUGACUCCAUAGCCGUGCCGGAGCGCCAUGACCAUGUGCUCGAGGCCAGCGAGCGCAUCGGUGAGGGGCUCCUGCCGGGGCCGGAGGACUUGGCUUACGACGCAGAGAAAGGAUAUCUUUACACUGGUUGCUCUGAUGGCUGGAUAAGGAGAGUUGGACUGAAGGACGCCGAGCUUAAGGUGGAGGAUUGGGCUUUUAUUGGUGGCCGGCCGCUGGGUCUUGCCAUGGCCCCCGGCGGGAGCCUCGUCGUCGCCGACUCCUACAAGGGUGUACUAUUGGUGAAACCAGACCAAACAGUGGAACUAAUGACAAAUGAGGCUGAGGGUUUGAACUUUCGCUUAACUGAUGGGAUCGAUGUUGCAUCUGAUGGCUUGAUCUAUUUUACCGAUGCAUCCUACAAAUACAACUUAGAGAUGACCAUGCUAGACAUUCUUGAGGGCCGGCCUCAUGGAAGAUUGAUGAGCUUCAACCCAUCCACCAAUCAAACAGUGGUGCUUGCACAUGACCUCUAUUUUGCUAAUGGUGUAGCAGUCUCUCCAGAUCAACACUCUAUAAUCUUCUGUGAGACCCCACUGAGGAGGUGCAAAAGGUAUCAUAUUGAAGGAGACAAAAACGGAACGACAGAGAAUUUUAUCGAGAAUUUGCCAGGCUAUCCUGAUAACAUUCGAUAUAGUGGUGAAGGCCAUUAUUGGAUUGCACUAUCAUCGGGAAGAACCAUUUCAUGGGAUAUAUUAUUCAAGUUUCCCUUUAUAAGAAAAAUGGCUGCCAUCCUAGCAAAGUUCUUCUCACCAUUUUACUUGUCUCAAGAUUCUGGAAUGCUUAGUGUGACUCUAGAAGGGCAACCGCUUACCAUUUAUUCAGAUCGACAUUUGAUUCUCGUCACUGGUGGGCUUAAAAUUGGAAAGAAUCUUUAUUAUGGUUCACUCCAUGAGUCCUAUAUCAGUAAGAUUGAUCUUACUCAAUAUAGAUCAAAUGCUAUGUAAACAUGGUACUAUAAUUAUCAACUGAGCUUCAUGCUUAUGGGUGGAAAAGGAUUUUAAAUUUAUCUAUCAUUCUUCAUGGUUUGAA